AUGAUAACAGGUUGUCAGUUAAAACAAAAGACUGUACAUUCUGGAAAUAAUCAACAUGAAGAAAAUAAUAAUCUUCUCGAAAAACCAAACCAAUCAUAUAUAGCUCUAAUUUCAAAAGCUAUCUUGUCCACUCCUGAGAAAAGGCUGCAAUUAAGUGAUAUAUAUCAGUGGAUCAUGGACACUUACCCAUAUUACCACAACCAGGACAAAAGCUGGAGGAAUAGUGUCCGCCAUAAUCUUUCCUUAAAUGAGUGCUUCAUUAAGGCAGGACGUAGUGAUAAUGGAAAAGGGCAUUACUGGACUGUUCAUCCUGCCAACAUGGAGGCUUUUUCUCGAGGAGAUUAUCAGCGCCGCAGGACUAGAAGACGUAUCCGCAGGUAA